AUGGGGUGCCAUGGUUCGAGUAGACCUUGGGCUAUGUUACCUUGUAAUGCGUCGUCGAGUGGUUGUUGGAAAUAUAUAGUUAAAGUGGGCGAUAUCAAAGUUGCUAAUGGUAUGCCACUUCACUCUUUUUUUGUUGGAAACCUUGGAGAUGGUCGAUCGAUUUAUUUUUGGGGAGAUGUUUGGUUGCGGGAUGCUCCGCUUCGUAUUAUUUACCCUAACCUUUUUAGACUUGAAAAGGAUAAAUGGAUUAAGGUUGCGGAUCGGAUGCAUUGUGUGGACGGCUUCAAGACUAUGACUUGGGACUGGAAAUCAACGCCUUCCUCUCAUGAGGAGGUUUCGGAAUUGUUUCAACUUCUUAAUGAUGUUCAUAAUCUAGAGUGGCAGGGUGGAGUUGACAAUUGGAAAUGGAAGGAUACGAAGGAUGGGCUGUUCAAGGUUUCUUCGGCUAAAAGAUUGAUGUCAAACGACACUACGGAUACUUGCAGGUCGAUGGUUAAAUGGAAGGAUUGGACGCCACUCAAGUGCAAAAUUUUGGUUUGGAGAGUUUUGUUUAAUCGGAUUCCUACCGUUGUAGAGCUUAUCAAACGUGGAGUCAGUAUUCUCGAUACCGCCUGUUCGUUGUGUCAUAGUGAUUUGGAGACGACCUUACACCUUUUCACAGGGUGUAUUUUCUCCCACGAGGUGUGGUUUCGAAUCGAACUGUGGUGCCGCUUGAAUCAUACCUUUAUUUUUGAUGUUACGGAUCUUAUUCGUGUGCCGGAAUCGACGUCUAUGUCCAAAGAUAAUAAGCACAUCUUAAGGGGUAUAGUCUACACUUUUAUGUGGGUUUUGUGGAUUGAGCGCAAUGACCGGAUUUUCAACGACAAGAAGCGGAGUCCUAUUCAGAUUGUGGAGAAUAUUAAAUCUACGGCUUAUUUUUGGUUACGAAAUAGGACUAGAUGGAAAGAUAUAGAUUGGAAAACUUGGUGUAUUUGCCCUUUGGGUUGA